GCUGCAGCUACCUCGGCGCCGGCUGGGAUCGCCAGGUCGCGUCAGGCUCCCCCACUCGGGGGGAGACUCCCUGCUGCCUCCGAACCGAGCGGCCGGCCUACGGCGACAGCAGGCAGACCACUGCCCUUCAGAAACCAUGGGCGUUGCUAGCCCCAUCUGGGACUCUGCCAGGCUCCGGUGCUCCGUCCAGAGGCUUUUCCAGCCCUGCUCUCCCUGCCUGUCAUGGCCACACUUGGCUGCUGCCCGCUUGUCUGGGGACAGAGGGCACCCCGUUGCAGCCCUGAGAGGUUAAGCCAGGCCCUCUGGCUCCACUCUACAGGGGCACUCCAGGCACCAGGCCCCUUUCAGAACAAGAGCUGCUGAUGCCAUGGGAGAAACCCCUGCCCAUCCGUCCACUUGCCUGGCACUGCCCACUCUGAGGCCCAUACCCUGGGCCCCCCUGCAGGUGCCAACCCUGUGAACCCCUCCCUGGCCCCCUGACUCUGAGAAGGCCCUGCCCACCCCCACCAUGUGUGAGGUGAUGCCUACGAUCAAUGAGGGGGACCCUUUAGGGCCCCCCCAUGGCGCCGAUGCUGACGCCAACUUUGAGCAGCUGAUGGUGAACAUGCUGGAUGAGCGGGAGAAGUUGCUAGAGUCUCUUCGGGAGAGUCAGGAAACCUUGGCAGCCACGCAGAGCCGGCUCCAGGAUGCCCUGCAUGAACGGGACCAGCUCCAACGCCACCUGAACUCCGCCCUCCCGCAGGAAUUUGCCACCUUAACCCGGGAGCUGAGCAUGUGUCGGGAGCAGCUCCUGGAGCGGGAGGAAGAGAUAUCCGAGCUGAAAGCAGAGCGGAAUAACACAAGGUUGCUUCUGGAACAUCUGGAGUGCCUGGUGUCCCGCCACGAGCGAUCACUGCGCAUGACCGUGGUGAAGCGCCAGGCCCAGUCCCCCUCUGGGGUCUCCAGCGAGGUGGAGGUGCUGAAGGCCCUCAAAUCACUGUUUGAGCACCACAAGGCCCUGGAUGAGAAGGUACGAGAGCGACUCCGAGCAGCCCUAGAGCGAGUUACCACCUUGGAAGAGCAGCUGGCAGGGGCCCACCAGCAGGUGUCUGCCCUGCAGCAGGGGGCAGGGGCUCGGGAUGGAGUGGCGGAAGAGGAGGGCACGGCGGAGCUAGGCCCGAAACGCCUGUGGAAGGAGGAUGCUGGCCGGGUGGAGGAGCUGCAGGAGCUACUGGAGAAGCAGAACUUCGAGCUGAGCCAGACCCGGGAGCGACUGGUCACCCUGACAGCCGCCGUGGCUGAGCUCGAGGAGGACCUGGGCACGGCCCGCCGGGACCUCAUCAAGUCGGAGGAGCUGAGCAGCAAGCACCAGAGGGACCUCCGGGAGGCUCUGGCCCAGAAGGAGGACAUGGAGGAGCGCAUCACCACCCUGGAGAAGCGCUACCUGGCGGCCCAGCGUGAGGCCACGUCCAUCCAUGACCUCAAUGACAAACUGGAGAAUGAGCUGGCCAAUAAGGAGUCCCUGCACCGCCAGUGUGAGGAGAAGGCCCGACACCUACAGGAGCUGCUGGAGGUGGCCGAGCAGAAGCUGCAGCAGACCAUGCGCAAGGCGGAGACGCUGCCAGAGGUGGAGGCCGAGCUGGCCCAGCGGAUUGCAGCCCUCACCAAGGCUGAAGAACGGCAUGGCAACAUUGAGGAGCACCUGCGGCAGCUGGAGGGGCAGCUGGAGGAGAAGAACCAGGAGCUGGCCAGGGUGCGCCAGCGGGAGAAGAUGAACGAGGACCACAAUAAGCGGCUGUCAGACACCGUUGACCGACUGCUUAGCGAGUCUAACGAGCGCCUGCAGCUCCACCUCAAGGAGCGCAUGGCCGCCCUGGAGGAGAAGAACACCUUGAUCCAGGAACUGGAGAGCUCCCAGCGGCAGAUUGAGGAGCAGCAUCAUCACAAGGGCCGCCUGUCUGAAGAGAUUGAGAAGCUGCGCCAAGAGGUGGACCAGCUGAAGGGUCGAGGGGGGCCGUUUGUGGAUGGCGUCCACUCCAGGUCGCACGUGGGCAGCGCAGCGGACGUGCGGUUCUCCCUGGGCACAGGCGCCCACGGGCCCCCUGGGCUGCACCGCCGCUACUCGGCCCUGCGGGAAGAGUCUGCCAAGGACUGGGAGCCAUCGCCACUGCCUGGGGUGCUGGCCCCCACAGCUGCCUCUGCCUUCGACAGUGACCCUGAGAUCUCCGACGUGGAUGAGGAUGAACCAGGGGGUCUGGUGGGCUCUGUGGAUGUUGUCUCCCCCAGUGGCCACUCCGAUGCCCAGACCCUGGCCAUGAUGCUGCAGGAGCAGCUGGAUGCCAUCAAUGAGGAGAUCAGAAUGAUCCAGGAAGAGAAGGAGUCCACAGAGCUCCGUGCUGAGGAGAUCGAGACCCGCGUGACCAGUGGCAGCAUGGAGGCCCUGAACCUGACCCAGCUGCGCAAACGCAGUUCCAUCCCCACAUCCCUGACGGCCCUGUCCCUGGCCAGCGCGUCCCCACCGCUCAGCGGCCGCUCCACACCUAAGCUUACCUCCCGCAGUGCCGCCCAGGACCUGGACCGAAUGGGAGUCAUGACCCUGCCCAGUGACUUAAGGAAGCAUAGGAGGAAGCUGCUGUCGCCAGUGUCUCGGGAAGCGAACCGAGAGGAUAAAGCCACCAUAAAAUGUGAGACUUCUCCUCCUUCCUCACCCAGGACGCUGCGGCUAGAGAAGCUUGGCCACCCAGCCCUGAGCCAGGAAGAAGGCAAGAGUGCUUUGGAGGAUCAAGGCAGCAACCCCAGCAGCAGCAACAGCAGCCAGGACUCCUUGCACAAGGGUGCCAAGCGCAAGGGCAUCAAGUCAUCGCUCGGCCGGCUGUUCGGGAAGAAGGAGAAGGGCAGGCUGAUCCAGCUGAGCCGGGACGGCGCCACGGGCCAGGUUCUGCUGACCGACUCCGAGCUCAGUCUGCAGGAGCCCAUGGUGCCGGCCAAGCUGGGGACCCAGGCAGAGAAGGACCGGCGGCUGAAGAAGAAGCACCAGCUGCUUGAAGAUGCCCGCAGGAAAGGGAUGCCCUUUGCCCAGUGGGAUGGCCCUACUGUGGUCUCCUGGCUGGAGCUCUGGGUGGGGAUGCCUGCCUGGUACGUGGCAGCCUGCCGAGCCAACGUCAAGAGCGGUGCCAUCAUGUCGGCCCUGUCGGACACAGAGAUCCAGCGUGAGAUCGGCAUCAGCAACGCCCUGCACCGGCUCAAGCUCCGGCUGGCCAUCCAGGAGAUGGUGUCCCUCACCAGCCCCUCGGCGCCCCCCACCUCCAGGACGUCUUCCGGGAACGUCUGGGUCACCCAUGAAGAGAUGGAAACUCUGGCAACAUCCACUAAAACAGUGACCUCUGCCAUCUUGUUCCUGCAGACGCUGGCCUACGGAGACAUGAACCAUGAGUGGAUCGGGAACGAGUGGCUGCCCAGCCUGGGGCUCCCCCAGUACCGCAGCUACUUCAUGGAGUGCCUGGUGGACGCACGCAUGCUUGACCACCUCACCAAGAAGGACCUGCGGGUGCACCUGAAGAUGGUGGACAGCUUCCACCGAUCCAGUCUGCAGUACGGUAUCAUGUGUCUGAAGCGGCUGAAUUAUGACCGGAAGGAACUGGAGAAGAGGCGGGAGGACAGCCAGCAUGAGAUCAAGGAUGUGCUGGUCUGGACCAAUGACCAGGUGGUUAACUGGGUCCAGUCCAUUGGGCUUCGUGACUACGCCGGGAAUCUGCACGAGAGCGGUGUGCAUGGGGCCCUGCUGGCCCUGGAUGAGAACUUUGACCACAACACACUGGCCCUGGUGCUGCAGAUCCCCACACAGAACACCCAGGCACGCCAGGUGAUGGAGAGAGAGUUCAACAACCUGCUGGCUCUGGGCACCGACCGGAAGCUGGAUGAUGGGGAGGAGAAGGUGUUCCGCCGCGCGCCCUCCUGGAGGAAACGCUUCCGGCCGCGGGACCACCACGGCGGCAUGCUCAGCGCCUCGGCCGAGACGCUCCCGGCAGGCUUCCGCGUGUCCACCCUGGGGCCGCUGCAGCCUCCCCCGGCCCCUCCAAAGAAGAUCAUGCCCGAAGCUCACUCCCACUAUCUCUACGGACACAUGCUCUCUGCAUUCCGGGACUAGCCUCUGCCGGGGGCUGCCGGCUUCCUCCUCCUCCUGGGUUUCUCAGACUCCGGCCCUGACCCCUCCCGCUCGUCCUCCUUCCUCCCAGGCUCCGAGAGUCUCCUGAUUUUCCAGUAACUCUGGACCUCAGCAUAUACUCGUCCUCACCCUCGGCAAGCCCAGGGCCCACUCUGUGUCCUUUCUACUGCUCCCAUGAACUGGCUGCGCUUCCUGGCCUGACGGCACCCACGUUCCCUACUUGGGAGUCUGCAGGAGGGAGACUUCAGACGCUCUGGUGGGUGGGACACCUCCCUGGACCUAAGCUGGCCUGGGCUGCAACCUUCACCAAGGACCACGCCAAGGGCCGGGAUGACCCUUCCGACAGAGAAUGCUCCAGACUCUGCCUCGCUGCCAUCUGGUCCCUGUCCACCUAAUGACAGUGUCAACUGGUCUGACAUCUGAUUUCAGCACCUACAGCAUUUCCCUCCCCCAGCUCAUCUCCACAGCUGGCUCUCCUGCCUCUAGGUCCACCUUGGGGGCAGGGGGGGGAGGUGCUGCAGCAGCCCAUGCCCAAGAUGGCAAGCCUGGCAGGAAGGGCGGGGUGGAGGCUUCGGUGGAAUCCCAAAUGUGAGUUUGGGAACAAUCUGUGAGAAAUGGCCCCUGAGCUGUGAACCAAGGCCCAGGAAGAUGGACGCUCAGCCCUCCUGCCCGCCGUCAGUAGGAGGCCAACUUGAGAGACAGCCAGUGGCUGAAGAGCAAACCUGGAUGACUCCUUCCCCGACCAUAAGCGGAGCUGCGUCUGGACGCGGGGGAGGGUUACGUGAUCCUGGUUCUGGGGCAGCUCAGAGCUAACACUGCCAAGGGUGCCCCCAAGCAUCCCUUCCUUGCUGUCCCCCUCUGCCCCACUUCUUAGUGACCCAACCCCAUAGGAAUAUACCCAUGAGUGGAUUGAAUAUAUAUUGACCUUAAAGUCAGAUUUGGGAUAGAGGUAGACUGAGCCUUCCUUCCCCUGACCUCCUGGGAAGAAAAUCAAGUAUCCCCUCAGUGAAUCACGCCCCAGGUCUAGGAAAUCCAGUGUUGGUGACAGCUGUCAUUCUCCCGCUUGUUCCCCAGAUCACCCGCUGUGUUCAAGGCUGCUUUGGUGUGCAGGUACUGUGCCUCUAAAUUCGGGACCUGAACAGCCUGCACCCUCAACUGGCUUGGUGGCAGCUGGGGUGAGGAAUACAGGUCCUGGUUGGGUAGAAAUGUCACUCCCAAGAAAUCCCUCUUCCUUCUCCCUUCCUCAUCUUGACAAGGUGCCUGGAAGGGUGGGGGCCCCAGUUGAUGGCAGAGAGCUGAUGGCGCCCAGGGCUAUCCACGUGGGAGGAGGGCACAGGUGUCUGGAGCACGUUUCCUGGAGAGGGCCAGGGCUGUGCCAGCCUGCAGGCGGCUGAGCAGUUGGUGUGCAACCCGAUCAGCUUGGGUUCUAGGCAGAGGCUGAGCUGGCAGGUGGGGUGAUGGGCCAGAGCACCCGGUCCAGAAGGAGUGCUAGGCCCAGAGCCUUCUGCUUCUCAGUGGAGGAGAGGUGCAGCAGUAGGGCCUGAGGGCUCCCUUGAUGGGGGCAGGGCCCCCGCCUGCCUUGCUCUCUGUCUCUGCUCCCUCCCUCAGGCUGCUGGGAGCGGAACUGGGGCAGUUCUUGAGCAGAAAAUGAGUGAAGAGAAAGAGCCCUUACUCCUAGGAAUUGGGUGUAAAGAUUAUGAGGAACCCCAGAUUCUAAGGUGAGAGGAAGUGGGGACCCUAAGGCCAUCUGACUCCCUUGGGGACUGUCUAAGGGCUAGCUCAGGGGGAGCACAGCCCUGGCCUCCUCUCUACAACUCCCCUGUCAUGGUGGUCAGGUCAGAGGCACAGCUGCGGGCCUGCAGCCACUCAGGGCAGCUGGGAAGCACUUGGGGAGACAGUGGAGGAGAGAGCCCAAGUGGGGGAGAGAGCCCAAGGCGCGUCCCUGGCCGCUCAGUCAGUACCUUUGUAUCUGGAGAGUCACCAGCGGCCCGAGCCCCCAGCCGCUGGGCUGUCCCAUCAGGGCCUCAGGCCCAUGCUGGCUUCAUGCCUCAGGAGCGGGCGUGUGGGUGUGUAUGAGCGUGAGUGCGCGUGUGUGCCAAUAAACAACCUGGUUUUAAGA